UAAAACUGAGGUAGCAAAUAUUAAUGAUACAUUCAAGUGGUAGGAAGAGUUUAGAAAAACAUAAAAAAAUGGCAACAAGCUCCGGCAACUACACAAGGUUCUUUACUAGCGAAUUCAAUCGCGCAACGUAUGGAACUCGUCAGCUCAAUUUUAGCCAAUACCGGCCACUGCACCGAGCAAUACUGGAUGGCGAUUGGAAGAGAGUGGAAGAAUUUUACAAGUCACAUCCAGGAGCAGAGACAGAUAGCAUCACAGAAAGCAAGGAUACGGCGGUGAUGGUAGGGGUUAUGUCGGGGCAGAAAAUAGAAUUCAUAAGGAAUCAAGUGGAGUAUGGAAGGGUGGAUUUGAGAAAAAAAAACAAAGAGGACAAUACUGCACUUCAUGAAGCUGCAAUUGUUGGUCAUUUAAAGGCCGCUAAGUUACUAGUGGGAAAAGAUACAAGCUUGCUAUACAUUCGUAAUUCGGAUGGGUAUUUACCAUUUCACUUAGCCGCUGCCUAUGGUCAGAGGGAGAUUCUGAUUUAUUUUCUGAGAGUAGGUGAGGUGCACAACUUACAGCUAUCGGAAUCGGAGUUGGAUAUGCUUAUGCAUCUUGAAGUAACUGCCGGAUUCUUUGAUUUGGUUAGUUAUUUACUUGCAAGCAACCCUAGAUUAGCAUUCUCCCAGUGGCAGGAUGUCCCUCAAUUGGAAAUAUUAGCCCAAAUGCCAUGUGCUUUUCGUAGCGGAACAAAAUUAAACAUGUGGAAGCGUUUUAUCUAUGAUUGUAAGUCUCUUGGCUAUUUCCCCUUCUCUCAAUACUAAUUUUUAUGCUGUCUUCUACACAUUUAUUAGUUUAUUUAUCUUCACAUAGAAAAACAA